CUUCUUAGAUCAAAAUAAGAAAUGGCGAAACUAUGCAUAAUUUUCAUGCUUUGCUCGUUAGUGAUUAUCAGUAUUGUUGCCGCAGGUGGCCUUAAAAAAGGUCCGGAAGCUGUCGAAAAGUGGUUCACAAACAUACCAUAUGCGAAAGAAAAAUUGACCAAACUUCAUUUCUACUUUCAUGACACGGUAAGUGGCAAUAAUAUAACUUCUUAUUCGGUGGCUCAAUCCAACAUGACAUUCAAGUCCCCAACUUUAUUUGGUCUAGUAAGUGUUGCAGAUGAUCCUUUAAGGGAGGGGCCGGAACCUGACUCGAAGAUCUUGGGUCGAGCCCAGGGGAUAUACAGUUCGGCCUCACUAGAAGAGUUUGGUCUACUUAUGACCCUAAAUUUCGUUUUCACGGAUGGAAAGUUUAAUGGUAGCACGCUUAGUGUAUUCGGACAUAAUCCGGUUUUUGGCAAGUACCGAGAGAUGUCUAUUGUUGGUGGCUCAGGUGUUUUCCGGCUGGCGCGUGGUAUCGCCACUGCACAAACUGUUUGGUAUAAUCUUACCACCAAUAAUGCAGUUGUUGAAUAUACCCUAAUGGUUUUGCAUUAUUGAUUUCCAUGUUGGGUUUUCUUUAUUUGGGAUUUGGUAAGGUCUUGCUCUUUGGUCUGUACUGUACUCAUGCUAUUUCUAAUUUUCUAGCUUCUUAACGUUAAAGGAGUUAUUAUUGAGAAUAAAUGGGAAGUAUUUUGAUUAUUGACAGUUGUCA